UCUCCAAACCCCGGAGCACCUAGCAAGGUAAACGGCUUCAGCAACACUGGAACUUAGGUCAUCACAGUGUUAUUAUAUUAUUUUCAAUUCAGUGCCGUUUACCACCAUUUGAAACUGGAUUCUGUCAUAUUUGUUCGCAUCAAUUAACCGAAGUAGUCUUCAUAAGGUAACAAAAUGUCUGCUUUCGUUGCCAGUUUCAUUCAUCAACAAAAUCACGGCGAGGAUGACUGACACGGAGAUCGAGGGUCCGGGGAGACACAGGAACGGUGAUGUGCUCGCAGAAUCGGCGACAAAAAGAGAUGAUGUGUUUGAUGAAACGUACAAAGAGAAAGAAGGUCCUAAACCUUCCAUGAUAAUCGUGUGGAGAAAUAUCAUAUUGAUGACUUUAUUGCACAUUGGAGCCGUGUACGGCAUCACCCUCGUCCCAUCUGCUCACGUUUUGACCUGGGCUUGGUUUGUGUUUUGCUUUUUAACAAGUGCUUUAGGAGUGACUGCGGGGGCUCACCGGCUAUGGAGCCACAGGUCCUACAAAGCCUCGUUACCUCUCAGAAUCUUCCUUGCCACUGCCAACUCCAUGGCCUUUCAGAAUGAUAUCUUUGAAUGGGCUCGGGACCACAGAGUUCACCACAAGUUUUCAGAGACCGAUGCCGACCCGCACAACGCCGUCCGAGGGUUCUUCUUCGCCCACAUCGGUUGGCUCCUGGUGCGUAAACACCCGGACGUCAUUGAGAAGGGGAAGAAGCUGGAGCUCAGUGACUUGAAGGCUGACAAGGUCGUCAUGUUCCAGAGGAAGUAUUACAAGAUGUCAGUGGUGCUGAUGUGCUUCUCCAUCCCCAUGUUUGUUCCUUGGUGCCUGUGGGGAGAGAGCCUGUGGCUGGGCUACUUCGUGCCGGGUCUGCUGAGGUACACCCUGGUACUGAACGCUACCUGGCUGGUCAACAGUGCUGCCCACAUGUGGGGAAACCGGCCCUACGACACCAACAUCAACCCCAGAGAGAACAAGUUUGUCACCCUUAGUGCCAUAGGUGAAGGGUUCCAUAACUAUCACCACACCUUCCCAUAUGAUUACGCAUCAAGUGAGUUUGGCUGCAAACUGAACCUGACCACCUGUUUCAUCGACUUGAUGUGUUUCCUCGGCCUGGCAAAGGACCGCAAGAGAGUGUCCCCUGAAAUAGUGCUGGCCCGGGCUCAGCGCACUGGGGACGGAAGCACCCGGAACCGGAGUGGCUAGGAGGUUUUCCCCAAUCUCAAAAAA